GAGAGCAAGAAGAAGUGAAGAGCAAUGGCGAGCGAGGAGGAGAGCGCAGUGAAAGAGCCCCUCGAUCUCAUCAGGCUCAGCCUCGACGAGCGCAUCUACGUGAAGCUCCGGUCCGACCGAGAGCUUCGUGGAAAACUCCAUGCUUACGAUCAGCAUUUAAAUAUGAUACUUGGAGAUGUAGAAGAAAUUAUAACAACGGUAGAGAUUGAUGAUGAAACAUAUGAAGAAAUAGUUCGGACCACUAGGCGAACCGUCCCAUUUCUUUUUGUCAGAGGAGACGGUGUGAUCCUGGUUUCACCGCCUCUGAGGACAGCCUGAGAGCUUGUUGUGGCACUAGCUAGUGGUCAGCUGACAAGGGUUUAGAUAUAAUCUUGUACCGUGUUAAUGUAUUGUCUCUUCUUUUACAGACACAUUUGCGAAUGAGUUUCUUUAGCCUCUUUAAGGAAUUAAUAUCGUUCUUUCGCCCUAAUUUUUGAAGGGAUUACUGCUGCUUCAUAAUCGUUGUAAUGGAUAUGGUAAUAUGAGACUAGCUCAAUUUGAUUUUGUUA